AUGGUCUGCACUCCCUCGACCUCGACCUUCACCGUCGCCCUGGUGGCAUCGGCCGCACUCCUUGCCGGACAGGCUGAAGCCCUCCCUACCUCGCGCUCUCACUCGACGAUUGCUCGCCGCGCCCACAUCGCCACGCACCACCACGUCGCCCGCUCUGGCACUUCUCUCGGCGACCACUCGAUCGUCGUCGACGCCUCGACGUCCUCGCACCCCGGCUCGUCCGGCGGGAUCAAGAACUCGACGAUCAACCUGACCUCGAUCUCGCGCCGGCGCGACUCGACCCUCUCGACUUUCUCGCGCGUCGUCCGCUCCCUCUUCGGCCGCGCCGUCCCCGCCGCACCCGCAACCUUCACCGCCCUGCCGCUCACCGUCUCCGCGCCCGUUUCGCCCUCGUCUUCCCUCAAGAAGCGCUCGGCUGCCCACCCAAAGCGCCGCCGCAACGGCAACAAGCUCCCUCGCCGCGGCGCGCCGCUCAAGAAGCUCAACCGCUCGACGCACGCCCAGCGCCGCGCCGAGGCCGCCAAGCGCGACUACCCGAUCAACGUCAAGCUUCAGCGCCGCAAGGCCGCCAAGCGCGCUGCCGUCCUCGAGGCGCGCGCGAUGAACUACACCCUCGCCGACGCCCAGGCUUCCGCCUACUCUGCCGCCGUCGCCGCCCUCUCCGACUCGCCUUACUCGCCGGCCGUCACUGCCCUCCCCACAUCUGCGUCCGACUCGGCUGAGCCGACGACGACCGCCUACUCGACCAUGCUCCUUAACCCUACGCCCGCCUCGGCGGCCGACGGCAACUCGCCCUACACUGGAGACGCUCGCUCUGCACCGAACGGCACUCUUGGCGACGCAGCAGCCGCCCGCGCGCAGCAGAAGAAGCAGUCCAUCUCGACCGAGACGGUCACUCAGACUGUCACCCUCGUCGCCGCUCCGGGCAUCGCCACUCCCGGUCCGGUCGGCACCGCUUCCCUCUCCUCGACCGUCUCGACGACGAUCCUCAACCCGAAGGCGGCCGGUUCCGCCUCGCUCCUCUCGUCCUCGACGGACGCCCAGCCGACUCCCUCCUCCGCCGCACUCCCUACCUCUCCUCCUCCGUCGACUGCGACCGCCUCCGCCGCUCUCCAGAACGUCAAGUCGGCCUUCGAGCGCCGGAGGAUGCAGCCUGGUCGUCGUGCGGCGAUCCAGCAUGAGCGCGCCGCAAAGGUCGCGGCGACGCAAUGGUUCAAGGCUUGA